UCUCACGAGUAGCAGCUGCAACGAAACAUGCUCGGGACGUUACCGGGGAAACAUUUCAGCGGGGAAAGCUGACAGUUCAUCGCCUCCUGGGAAGCAGCUGAGGAGGAGGAUGUUGACAGCGGCGGCGGCAGUACUCAAUGGGUUCUGCUCCCUCCCCCAAGGCAAGGUACGGUGUGAUGCAGCCUGAGACUCGACAUUUCAUCCCCAAGAUCUGGCUGAAGACUUCCUGACCCAGCCUCAGGCCUUAUGUCAAACUCGUGAGUGGGGGGUAACCGCAUUGCCUCAGGAUAAAAAUUAAACCUUUCCGUGCCUGCCUGGCUGAGCCUCAUGUAUUGCUACCUAAACGUCACGGUGUCCCUAACGGUGUUGCGUCCUCGGUGGCAGUUAUGAGUGCUGUUGGUCAGGGUUUGCCAAGAACUUGUAGCCCUACAUCGACAGCUGCCAACAGAAAGUUUACAGCUCCAUUCUGCUGGAGCUGACAUCUCCGAGGUCGACCGGGAGGGCUCCUCCACCUCGGGCUCCUUUUGGUUUUAACUCGACUGUUAAUCCACCCGGGACCUUUACCGUGAAACUCACCUCCUUCAGAAUUAACCACGUCUUUGUUGGGCGGUGCCAUGCCCACCAACCAGUCCUGCACCUGGGGUGGGGGGAAUCCAAGUGCUUGCUCUAACGCAGAUAGUCCCACCGCUACGACCUCUGUGAGCGCACAUGCCAAGACGGUCGCGGCCACGAAGGUGCCUUUCGGUCACACGUCUCUGGAGCUGUCCAGGCGAAGCGACCAAGCCAAACUUCGCUGCUCUAACGUUGCCUCUUCUGUUUGGUCUUUGAGGCAGACCACGGUUGCCUCCCCCUCUGGGGCUUCUCUGUGGGAGAAUGGGGACGGAUAUAAAGCCAACAACACCCAGAGCCAAUUCACCGCUGUGCCAGGUGGGUCUCCGACCCCGCAGCCACGACUACUCAACGGGCUCCAGACGUCUCAACCUGACAAGGGUUCAGCAGUGGGCAGACGCCGUGCUGCCUCGGGUGACGCACCGUUGACGCUGGAGCCACAUUUGUCGGUUUGCUGCCAAGACCUGUUCGUCAGAGGACAGUCCACUCUGCUGCAAACGGACAAGCUGAUGCUCGAGGCCGGAGACUGUUCCUCUUUGCCAUCAGUGCCUCCUCUAAGCCUUACUCUCAGUGGACGUCAGGGGGCAGCGUUGGGAAACGAUGCCACCUGGCUUGAUCGAGCCAGAUUAGUCAUGAGAAGCACAUCAAGAGAAACAACAACAACAACAACAACAACAUCAAGAAGGAGGUGCCACUCUGCUAAACUACCAACAAAAUGCAGCGAGACGCAAAACGGUUGCAGAAGAAUAACUGAGCCAAACAUUCAGUUGCUGAUAAGAGGUUGUCCCGCAGCAGUUAUGUCGGCAACUGCGAACAGAAAGCCCCGUGCCGUUGUGUCGCUAGAUGUAAGUAAUAAGCAGGCCCCGGAAAGUCCGUACAUGACGGGAAGCGCCGCGUCCACGUGUAGGGGAAUCGGUCCUCUAGAGGUCAGAUCCUGUUCGAAUGGCCGCGUGCCAACAACCGCGCUCGGUGCCGGUGUCAGCGCCACUCGGGAGCUGCAGCCCCCGUCGCCGGACGUCGCCCCAGAUGUGGUCUCCAGUCCCGCAAGAACCCUGGUGGGUUCCGUGACCACUCAGAUCUCCGCUAUCCAGCUCACCAGGCAGGGCCAGCCCGUCUCCACGUCCUGCCCCUCCCCAUCGUCUUCCUCCUCGUCCUCGCCGACGGAGGAGACUCAGCUGUCGGGGCCGGAGAGUUUGAUGCAGGUGGACGGAGCUGAGGAGGAGCUGCCCGACGAGCUGGAGAACGUCUGUAGUGACGACGAUGAUUCCGACUGUUCGUCCGUCAACGGCACCUCAUCUACAACAUCCAUCAUCGGUGUCGAGGAGCCGAUGUCACUGGAGGCAGAAGAUGUGCCAGAAGAGCGACCGGCGCUGGUUCCCAGUUUGUUCCCCCUCAUCCCCCCGACGCUCUACUUCAGCACCGCCAGGGAGAAAGUGGAGCUGCUGCCUGCGGAACAAAGACGACUGUUGAAAUGGAAGAUGAGCACCGUCACUCCGAAUGUGGUCAAGAACACCAUUGCCAGGUCGCACUUCAAAGUCACCAAGAAAAGCCACGACUGGCUCGGCUGCUGGGGACAUCACAUGAAGUCUCCGGGCUUCAAGGCCCUUGAAGAGCACCAGAAGCUGAACCACUUCCCAGGAACCUUUCAGAUCGGCAGGAAGGACCGUCUGUGGAGGAACCUCUCCAAGAUGCGCAGUCGCUUCGGGAAGCAGGAGUUCAGCUUCUUCCCCCGAACCUUCAUCCUCCCCCAGGACAUCAAGCAUCUCCGCAAGGCCUGGGACGAUGGGGGCUCCCGGCAGAAGUGGAUCAUCAAACCUCCUGCGUCAGCCCGAGGAACCGGGAUCCAGGUCAUCCACAAAUGGAGCCAGUUGCCACGUAAGAGACCACUUCUGGUCCAGAGGUACCUUCACAAGCCCUACCUCAUCAGCGGCAACAAGUUCGACCUGAGGAUCUACGUCUACGUGACGUCCUACGACCCGCUCAAGAUUUACAUCUACACCGACGGGCUGGUCCGCUUCGCCAGCUGCAAGUAUUCGUCUUCCAUGAAGACUCUGGGUAACAAGUUCAUGCACCUGACCAACUACAGCGUCAACAAGAAGAACUCUGAAUACCAGACGAACAGUGACGACAAGGCCUGUCAGGGACACAAAUGGGCGUUGAAGGCCUUGUGGAUGUACCUGAAUUUGAGGGGCAUCAACACCACUCUGAUAUGGGAGAAGAUUAAAGACAUUGUGGUCAAAACCAUCAUCGCGUCGGAGCCGUACGUCAACAGUCUGCUGAAGAUGCACGUCCGCACUCCGUACAGCUGCCACGAGCUGUUCGGCUUCGACAUCAUGCUGGACGAGAACCUCAAGCCCUGGAUCCUCGAGGUCAACAUAUCACCCAGCCUCCACUCCAACACGGCGCUGGACGUUACCAUCAAGGGACAGAUGAUCCGAGACCUGCUGAACCUGGCCGGCUUUCGUAUUCCGCAGACAGACGACGUGGUCACUCCCUGCAGCAGUAGCAGCAGCAGCCCCUCUAGCUCCAGCAGCAGUUUGUGUGGAGGGAGCAGGGAGAGAAGCAAACCAGAUCUGUCUGCCGAUGAAAAGGUCAAACGGGUGUUUUACCUCACACAGCGCUACGCCGACCAGGACUUCCUCUCCUCUGUGUUGGAGGUCUUGACCCCGGACGACGUCCGUGUGUUGGCCGAGAGCGAGGACGAGAUGACCCGCCGCGGGAAGUUCGAGCGAGUGUUCCCGUCGCCGUUGUCGUCCCGCUACCUGCGGUUCUUCGAGAGUCCCAGAUACCGCAACGUCCUGAUGGACCAGUGGGAGCAGAAGUACUGGAGCAACAGGACCAAGGGGAUCAGUCUGCUGCAGACUCUCUGUCAGAAAGGCGUCCACCUGGGAACCAGUGACCCUGCUCACAUCUGGUCCAAGUGCAGCUACAUCUCCAGGUUCGAGCCUCACGGACAAGAGAUCGUCAGCCGAUCCAGGGUGGUGGUCAGCCUUCAUCAGCGCUCCCGUCACCACGCCGGCGCCGCCGACAGAGACGACGACGGCGGCGACGGCGACGACGUGUCGGACAGGGAAGUGGCGUCGGUCUCCAGUCUCCCCGUGUCCCCGAGUCCCGGCUCCAGCGUCAGCAGCAGCGCCUGCGCGAGCCCCCAGCCCGGCCUCACCCAGAGUCUGCUGCCACAGCACUUCGCCUCGCUCUGAGGAGCCGCUCAGGGUCUCACUCGCAUCCUCUCACGUCUAGUAUCUGUGAAACGCUCGCUCGGGAUGAGGGGUUGGACUCUGACGUUAGGUCUCACACUGAGCAGGAAGUGGCUCUUUACGGAGGAACCGCUGUCGACAUUGGACUUUACGUCAGUGCUCAAAUCUAAACAAAGUCUUAGAAUAGUCCUCCGAAUAUAAAACACUCAGAUUGACCACAACAGUGUUUAGUUUAAAUGAUGUACAUGAUCAUUCUCGGUGGAAUUUGUUCUUUACUAAAGCUGCUCGUUCGUCACUUCACGGUAUGAAAAUUGAUCUGGUUGAAACUGGAGCUUUGCAGGAGACGUGUGCAAAACUCACAUUAGCAAUAAAAUAUGUUGACGACA